UAGAUAAUAACAAUGGCAAGUUCACUAAGUACGGGAAGUUUAACAGGUGACGAGAGAAGAUGGAUUGUGGUUGGUGUGUGCCUUAACAAAGUUAUACUACCAACCUUGCGAAAUGUCGUUGCAACUGAACUGCAAAAGUUAUAUAUUCGUUUAAGUAAACCACCUGAUGAAAUUCACAAGCAAAGUAUCGCAACGUAUAAGAACACACUACCACCCUCAGCAUUUCGACUAAAUUAUAAAAGCAUCAAUAACAACGAAAAAAAGCCUGGUCAUACUUAUGACUUCGCGGUAAAAGAUGUAUUGUCUUUGGCAAAGUUGUAUAUGCAACCUCAUAUGGCAAAAUGUACUGGUUUUGAUAACACGAUGGAUAUGUCAGCAAUUUUGGCAGUGAUGUGUAAUGCAACGCCAUUUUCUUCUGCUGCAGCUGAUGCCGAGAUAGUACGGAAUAUCAGGAACAAGUGGGCCCAUUGCAACUUUUCAGAAUGGACCCAAGCAGUAUUCACUGCAUCAAUACAAGCCUUAAUAUCAUUCAUAAAAACGAGUAAUUUACCAAAAACUGAUGAAAAAGCUGUCUGUGAUAAUCUAGAUGACUGGGAGAAAGAAGGUAUCAAUUGAAUUAUUUAUAAUUUAAUGUUAAAUAAUGGCAGAUAUAGGUUGGGUGGCAGAUGCUAAAUUAUGUUCAUACAAAUAGCGUUUUGGUGUUUUGUGGGUCGCGACUCAAUCAAUAUCUUUUCAAAAAAUGAGCAUCAACCACGUCAUUUCAAACGUUGUGAAGUAAAUCCAAUGAACGCGCGCGCAUCCAAGACAAGAGAAAUUAAUUUUGCACGAUAUAGCCUGCGUAGCAGGCGGUAUUCGUGGGCACGAGAGAAUGGGAAACUAGAAAUAUCGCCUGCCUAAAAAGUACACAUUCUGAGUUCUCCCCGGCAGCUGGGUGCCGGAGCAUUCUGAUUGGUCAGAAUGUUGAUUUUCAAUUUUUGAUUGACAUGAGUAAAGAAUUAGAAUAAUUAGUGCUAAUUUUAGAAGUUACUGUUGCCGUAUUUAUAAUAUAAACUAUUGUUACUUUCGUAAUUGAUACCGAUAUAUCGAGUGAUGGCAUACACUAUCCAAAAAAUAACGAAUGUAUUACAGGUAAACUACGUGAAGCGUUCCUCUUUUGAGUUUCUAAAUUGAUUGCAAUUUUCCUCAUUACUUUUGCAACUAAAACUCCCUUGCAAAUCCCUUGAGGAAAUUUGCAAUGUUGCUAAAAGCCAAUAAAAUUUUCCUCAGUUCCUGUUAGAAGUUCUUAACUUCCUGUUACAAGUUCCUAACUUCCUGUUCUGUUCUGCGUGUUGCAAUUGGCUAACAAAAAUAAUCGACCAAUAACAACACUCAGAACAGAACAGGAAGGUAGGAAAUUAAAACAGGGAGUCAGGAAAAUUUAAAAUAAAGUUUGGAAUAUUGCAACAGCCGAUAGGAACAUUGCAAAUUCCCUCAAGGGAUUUACAAGGAGUUUUCAAAUUUGCAAAGCUAAUGAGGAAAAUUCCAAAUGAGUUACAAAGUCAAAAGAGGAACGCUUCACGUAGUUUACCUGUAAUUGAGAAUUAAGCGUUGAAUUCUUUAAUCUUUAUCUGGAAUCGGAAAUCGCUUCGUCUUGAAGAAUGAACGAAUAUCAAUCCAACAUUUGUUGCUUGAUAGAUGUGAUACUGUGAUGAAACUGCAGAUUUGAAGAUACAGGCUCGUAACUGACACUCUAAGUAGUGUUUUUAAUAGCGAUUGGAACAAGACUAUUACAAAGUUACGUCCGAAGGGGCCGAAGUUAUGUUCGGCGAAAGGUAUGGCUAGUCUAUUUUUUUGUUCGGACAAUUGCGUAAUUUGAUAAUACACGAACUCCUUUGACUUCCAAAGCUCAUAAAUCGCUAUAAUGUUGACAUCGACUAAAACUAUCGCUAUGAAUGAGGACAUAUUGUUAGACUGAAUCGAACGUGGUAUUUUUGUCUUCAUAGCAUUGAAUGAACCGAAGAUAUGAAACGUCAAAGCCGUAUAUUUGCACUGGUGCAAAUACGUGAGUUUGACAAAUAAUUAAAAUAAAACAUUAAGAUGGGCGGGACCAUGCGUUCGGUGGGCGGAACUCAGAAUGUGUAGUUUUUGGGCAGGUGGUAUUUCUAACUUCUACCGCCUGCUACGCAGGCUAUGCACGAUAGUACAUGGCGUGCUCUUUUUAAUGUGCAAAAUUAAUUUCUCUUGUCUUGGAUGCGCGCGCGUUAAUUGUAUUCACUUCACUACGUUUGAAAUGACGUGGUUGAUGUGCCGUUCAAUUAAAUUUCAAAUGACGCGAGCCAACAGAUCACGACACAAUUUCAUUGCCCGAGCAUGCCCGUUCGCAGGUUAAGGGUGGGCAUAGCUUUUGAUAAAUCAAAUUGAUUCACGUCGAAUUUCCAACGUGAGUUCUACGCAUGCUCGGCAAUUGUUGCAAAAUAUAAAUAAAGUAUAAGUAUUUCUCGUCGAAAAUGUGAUACUUUUUACGAAAUCGAAUUGAAAAUAGCUAAAAAUUCUGGGGGAAAUAUUAACAAAAACUUCGGUUUGAUAGGGAUACAACUACCUGAAUAAUAGACAGAUUUAGAAAAGACGACGCGACCUCAAAGACGACGUGGAUGGCGUCAUUUGGCGCCAACUAUCGUUAGCUUCUGAUUUGCCACGUCGUCUUGGACAAUUUCACGACGCGAAAAUUCAAUUUUCACGUCCUCUCUAGAACGUCACAGAUUUAUGCUUCUUUUGAAAAAAAUAUGAGACUAUGCAUGAUAAAAAUCAUCUUAUUUUGUUCCCCAAGUAUUGUUUAAUGAUUCUAGUUAAAGGUUUUUCAUUGACAAGGUUGUUUUUCUUGUAUUUCGCUAAAUUUUGAACGUGUUAAUUUUUGACAAAUACUUUUGGUCGCCGUAACAAAUCAACAAAACUGCAAGCAUUGUUAAUAACCACUUCAAUACCGCUAGUAUUUUUCACCAAAACAAACAUUUUAGAACAAACUGAAGUGAAGUUAUAGUAAAAACUCAAUCAAUGUUAGUUGCUCUGUCACAUCAGUGCGAAAAAGUAGGGGAAGUAAAAAAACGCUUUCCAGCGUGAAAAACUAUCUUAAACAGUAUUAAAUGUUAUCAAUAUAAGCACUGAUGCCUUAUUUAUACUAAACAGUUGACAAACUUGAUUGAAUAGGCUACAAACUAAAGCAUUUAGCUCGUAAACAAUACCUGCAGCUAUAGUAUUUAUUCCAAAAAAUGCAACACAGUUCACUUUUCAAAAUACCGAAAUAUACGUCUUUUUCUAAAAAAAACUUAUUGAAUAUUCAUACUAAUUAAUCAGGAAACACUUGGCCAGUAUUAUAUAGCCUUUUCUUGCACAUAACUUAACAACUGAUUGAAAACAAUACAGGAAUGAGCAGGGAACAAGAAAACAAAAAUUUGCUUCGAAAAAGACAAACAAGCCGUCCCAGAUUAAAACCCGGAAGUGAACGCGAGGUGUACACGUCAUUUUCACGUCGUCUUUGAGGUCGCGUCGUCUUUUCUAAAUCUGUCUAAUACAUGGAGAACUUCGACGUUUCAAGCGAAGGCGCUUCGACUUGUCACUUGUACUGUUAGUGUUUGUAUACAUCGUACUUGACCUUUAAAGGUGAACUAACACGAAAUUUUUUAAACCUGUUUUGACUUUCACUGUAUGUAAUCAUUACAGCUUCAAUUAAAAAAUGGGCAAAAAGCAACGAAAAACCAUAUUAUAAAGGCAUUUUUCUUGGCCUUUGUUGGUUUUAAAUCGGUCCGCUUUACGCGCGGUCACGAGCACGUGACAAUUUGGCUGUGACGUAAAUUUGUUUGCAAACGCAUUUGGCAAAGAUACAGACAAUAAGGUGGCGAAUAAGGCAACAAGAAGAGGAGACAGAAAUUGUGUAGCUGGGACACCAUAAAAAGUUAGUUGCAAGAAUACAUCGUAUACCCCUGGCAUAAAGGUGCAUGCCUUCCCAAAAGAUCAGAAAACAAGCCAGAAAUGGGUUCAAUUUGUUCGUAAACAUCGAGUGGAUUUCAAAGAGCCGACAAAACAUUCAUCUCUGUGUUCCGCGCACUUCGAAGAUUUGUGUUAUUCCCCUCGCUUUUUAGAUGAAAGUUCAGAUUAUUGAGUCCUUGAACGUGGAUCUAUUCCGACCAAAGAUACAUCAUUUUUGGAGAAUAAAAACAGUGAUAUUACGCCGAGAGGGAAAAGGAAGGUAUAUUUUUAAACUUCAACUGUAUUUACAAAGCAUGCCGUAUUUGCAUAUCGCAUAUUCGCAUAUUGCAUAUCAAUGAGGUGGUUCAUUAUCAUAUAUUUAUGAAGCUUGGUUUAAUAAUAUAAGGUUUGCAGUGAUAUGUUUUGUAAGUAAAAGAUAUCAUUUUUAUUCCAAUAUUCUCAAUUUCCCAGAUCUUACGUGAAGCUACAAAUACCAGCCCAUGCAAAGUGGCUAGAACGGCUAGCACGGUAGAAGAAAUAAUGUCAACUGAAGAGACCGAUCAAGACGAAGGGGUUAUAACUACUGUAGAGGCACCAGGAGACUGUUAAGAACCUACAGAACCUAGUAGCCAAAAGCCUAAAUCAAAGACAUCUCAAACCUCUGAUGGCUAUAAAGAAAAGGAAAACCACAACUUAUAUAAAUCAAAGUAUCUUCAAAAGUUAUCUGAAUGCAAGAAUCUUCGACGUCAAGUAAAGAGACCGAGAGGCAGAAAUUUUUUAGCAAAAAAGGUACUACACAGUAUGUGGUACAUUGUGGUAAUUUGGUGGUACUGUACAUAUCGGGAAAUUAAAUGAUGCAACCAAACUCUGCAUAAAACUAAUAUUGGGAAGCACUUUAAUUAAUGUAACUAUAAAUUCUAAAAAGUCAACUCUGCAGAGGAGAGUUUCUGAAAAGUGUAGCAUCUCAUCCCAUAAAGCAGUUAGUGUAGUGUCCUACCCUAACAGGUAACCUUUUCGGGCUACAAAACAUAUAUACAUAUUAAUUCAUUGUUUUCUUUUAAUUUAAAGAACAUUUUGAAAGAAAAUAUGCCACUUGAUGAACCAGACGUUGAAGAAAACCAGGAAAGUAUGGAACAAACUAUGUGUGGUGAGCCAUUAGAAAGUGAUGCAGAGAUGGAGUGUGAUAGUGAUGUAGAAGAGAACUUUAUUUCAAACACUGAUGAUGAAGAUUUAUCUAGCUAAGAUGAAUUUACUGAGGAUGAGAGUGAAGACUUUGUACCAAAUGAAGAAGAGUUGGCUGAUGAUGAAGAAUUGCCUACAGAUGAUGAAGAGUUGCCUUCAGAUAAUGAAAAGUUUCCCGAUAGCACACAACACUCAAAGAAAAACCUUGAGUAAGUCAAACUGUCAAAGGUUUACAGUAUUAAAACACAGGGCCGGUUGUUCAAAAGCCUAUUAACUUAAUCCUAGGUUAACCUAAAAUUCAAAGCAAACUUCCCAACAACUUGUUUAUAAACUUGGAAAUGUUUCUUCAGAAAUCUUGUGUGGAUCAAUGAGAGUUUUCUUUUUGAAGUUUUGAAAGAAACAGAUGUGCAGAAUACAGAAAUUGAAACAGCAGGUUAAAUUUUGAUCCAGGGUUUGCGCUGUAACUCCAGCUUUGAACAACUGGCUCAAUAACUACAGUGUACACUUAAAGGCACUGACAAACCAAACCCAACCAACUUCAGUGUCAUAAAAUCUUAAUGGUCUGAAUAGGUUCAUUGCACAUUGUCAGAUAGUGUUUGCUUCUUUGUUAGUAACAGUUAUCUAUCUGGUCAUCUUAUAUUACAUAUAAUUACCCAAUUUGAAAUCCCAGAAUCAUAAAUACCCAUACAUUUUUUCUUGAAUUUUUAGAGUUCCUGUGGAUACACCUAUCCAUGCUGAGCCAUCAUUUAUAGUGUUUUAUAGCAUGUUUCUUCGACUUUUCAACAUAUUAUGUUUUAAAUACAAGGGUGAUAAUCCAAAAGUAACCAUGAGGCAGAAUGGAACAAUGGUCACAGUGAGCCAACAUUGCCAUAAAUGUGGUAAAAAUGCAUUUGUUUGGAGAUCACAACUUUUGGUCCUUGGGCGAUAUCCUCUUGGUAAUGUGUUAUUAAGUUAUGGGAUUUUUGUAGCAGGAGAAAGUGUUAAGGUUUUGCUUGUCUUGCGAACCAUGGGUCUUCGUGCCUACUCGUGGAGGACAUUUUUUCGUCACCAGAGAAAGUUUUUGCUCCCUUCAACUCUUGCUUACUGAAAAACUUACCAAGAGAAUCUUCUCAAUGAAGUACGGAAAUUGAAAGAAACUUCAUGGGGCGGUGAUGGGCGUUUUGAUUCGAUGGGUCAUUCGGCCAAAUACGGAACUUAUACCAUGUUCUGCAAUACCAUCUCAAAAAUUGUUCACUUUGAGGUUGUUCAGGUAAGUUCCCGCCACGGGGCAAUAGGACAGGUGUAGUUUUGUUAAAUAGAAAGUUAGAAAUGGUAUUAUAGCAUAACUUCUUAUUUUGUUUCAUAAAUAGUUCUUUAAUAUUCGAAACAAAUCCCACAUCUGCUUCGUCUGCCAUCGCCAUGUUUACUCAUACUUGUUUACUUGUUUCGAAUAUUAAAGAACUAUUUAUGAAACAAAAUAAGAAGUUAUGAAUAUUCUGAUCUUUUAAAGGUAGGUUACAGUCGCAUCUGCGCAUGUGCUGGACUUUUGUUCAUGUGGGAACACACAGGAGUUUGUUAUCCUCUGUUUAUGUCAUCCUCUUGUCAUCCUCUUGUCAUCCUCUCAAAAUACUUUGAGCUUUUUUGAGCGACAGUCCGUCAAAUAACGAGUUAUUUAGGCAACAUGACGUGUAGGAAAGGAUGCUACGCUAACAGGGAUGCUUCGAAAGUGUAUCAAAGUGUAUCUAUUUUAUUGUUUUCCUCGAUGGAGAGCGUAUUCCAUUUCUGCGUCUGCCCAUGAAAGGCCAUGAUAUACCUGCAUCCUCAAGCUUCUACCAAAGGUUGUCAAGAAAAGAAUCCAAGAAGGAUUGGAGAUUGCUCCCAACAUAGCUGCAAUGUUGAUCCUUCAGAGAAAUCGCUUGUUGAAGCCCAUCAAUCGAGGUUUUAAUGACUAUAAAAUGUUCUUUAUUACACUAUUUCACUAUCGUUAAUAUAUACGAACUGUUUAUCUAUUUUAUUUACAAACUGAAACCCAUAAUAUAAUUAUAAAGGCCUAAAGAUAUGAUACUUGAGAGUAGUGAGUUGUCGAUGAAAACAUAAUGAGCAAUUUGGAGUGAACAUGUUUGGGACUUUUCGAUGGCUGUCUAUAUAGACGUGUUAUUGUCACUUGUCGCAGUGAUAAUCUACUUGGCUGUGAGCCUGUGGCAGUGCUUUACUGUCUUUGACUGUCUGCUCAUGGACAACUUGUGCUCACUUAAAACUUAAUAGAAACACAUCAAAAAGUUUCUCUGAUCAAAGUUAAAGUAGAUUUUAAUUUGAUCAAAGCACAUAACAGUUUACAUGCCUUUUAGUUGUUCUGAAGUUACAGUGCUUGACCUAAUGGGGUGUUUAUAUGGAGGCAAGCCAGCUCGGGUGCCUGAGCUAGCUCGCUUGGCCGAGAUCUAAUGUUGCUAGAUAAUUUAUACUAAUAUUUGUAUUGUGUGUAUAUGAGAACCAGGCCGGCUUGCCUAAGCGAGAUCUUGUUUAAUUUGUGAAGCUCGACAGAGCUCCAGAUCUCGCCUAGGUUGGCUGGUUUGCCUAAGCCGCUGAAUACAAAUAUAUUGUACUAAUUGUAGUAAAUAAGACUUUCUCAACAGAUUUUUGAUCUAUAAUUUUAAAAAUUAAUGCCUCUGUGAACAGUUGUGACGGUCAUAACCAUGACAGUUUCUCGCGAUGAUUUGUUUUGGUGCCAGCCUGCUACAUGAUGAAAUUAGCUAGGCAAAUCCACCUAGCUCAGGUAACCGGACUGGUUUGCCUCCAUAUAAACCAUAGAUAUAGGAGAUCUAGAUUGCUAACGCAUACUUAGCGCAGGCGGGGCCUACAUGAUAAAUCCAAGAUGGCGGUACAACAGGGCAAAAGACUAUAGAUUCUAUUACGAAAAUCAGGGUUUUUGCAUUUUUUGCCGUCGCAUUGUUUUGAAACUUAUUCGGUCAAAUUUUAUCGUAAAGAGAAACUUACCGCGAAGAUUUUGAGCAUAUAUAUGAUUGAAUUGGAUGAAAACUCGCAAAAUUAUCCAUCGAUAAAAGUUCGUGUAUAGUACUGAUAUAGUACUAUAUAUGUAAUUUGUACAGUUUUGCUUUAAUUUUUGCUCACUAUUUGCAUAAAAAGCAAAUUAUAACAGACCACAGAUGAUAGACCCUCAUCCAGUGCUCUCAUCAGUUUACUUCUCUAACAAGCAAGAAGGUACAUAACAAUUCAUUUUUCAUAAUUAUGAGGACAGAGCAGAUGAUGAGAGAUGCAAGUAUAAAACACCAUUCACAAGGCUAGAUGUUAAAAAAAAAUGCAAAAAUCCUGAUUUUCGUAAUAGAAUCUAUAGUCUUUUUGCCCUGUUGUACCGUCAUCUUGGAUUUAUCAUGUAGGCCCUGCCUGCGUUAGGUAUGCGUUAGUAAUCUAGAUCUCCUAUAUCUAUGAUAUAAACACCCCUAAGACAUUUAGUUUAUAAAAGAUUUUGAUCACAAAUACUUAUAUGAUGUAAACAAACUCAACUAAUAAUUACUAGUAUAUUUUUCACCCUAAUUGUAAGUAAAAGCUUGCAUAUAAGAACCUAUAUAACGGCCUGUCAGGCUAACUUAUUCAGUAUUUAGGCACCCAAUCUGUUUAGGCUAGUAUUUCAGUUUCGUAUUUUAUCACAUGGAGACCAGUCAGAUCUAAAAAUGUAUAGAAAUCAAAGAGAAUAAACUCUUCACAAAGUAAUGAAAAUGAUCCAGAACCCUGAAAAUGUCAUUGAGAUAAAUAAAGUGUAGCUUUACAGUGCAUACAGCUUUGUAUAAGUGCAUAUAUACUGGCAUUUUUAGAUGAUCAUGACUGAUAUAGCUACUAUACAUGUCUUGUCCAAAAGUAGGGUCUGGGUGUUUGAAAUCAGAGCUUUCUUUCUCCUAGAUGGAUUGCCAGCCAAGGCUUAUGAGCUCUAUCUACACAAAGCAAUCUGGUUUUAAGGUGCCAGACACUUGCCAGUUCAUAUUGUACUAUAAUUGCCUGAUUUUGUGUCACAAAGAGUGGCAACAUCCCAUUAUCUACUGUAUGUUGCCAGAACAGGCUGCCGUGCAUGGUCUGUUUGGGGACAAAAUUAGACAAGUAGACAACACAGUAAAAGCCUGCGAAUAAGAACCUAGAUUUUUUACAAGUUAGCCUAAACAGGUUCUUAUGUAAAUGGUGCUUAUCUGAUUGUUCAUGUUACAAACUGUAAUUAUAUUUAGUAGCUAUAUUCAGUAUUCGUAGGGGCAUAUAAAAGCUAUAAAUAAAGCCCUGGAGUCAUGUUUCUGCUUUACCCCUUGGAGUUCUCCUUUAAUGUCUGUAUAUAUGUAUAUAUAUAUAUUACCAUAUAACCCAAUAAAUCUGUUAAAAGAAGAAAGAUUCGUUGAUGUAAAUCAAAAUUUCAUCAGUGUUUCCUGGGCAUUCUGAUGAGCUCUGAUAUAGAGCGAAUCAAGCAUAUAUUUAGCAAUUUGCCUGCGUCUUGAAGAGACAUGAUGAAGUAACCUGAUCACCAGAAUUGUUGAAGCUAAUAUUAGAUCAUUCAGUGUCACAAGAAUAUCAUCAUUUAGUGUCAAUAUGAGAGUAAUAUCAAUGAAUUCAUACUUCCAGUUCAUAAUUUCGAAACAUACAUUUUUAUAACACAAAAAAGUUGAAUAUAAUCUUAGCGUCUCCUACUCUCGUCACUGUCAAUCUAUUGAACUCUUCUGUUGUUUAUAUUAAAAUAGCAUCCAAAAUUAUCUCCAUAGCGCGCACGAGCUUGAACAAAGGCUGUUUAUCCAGCUUUUGCACGGUCAAAAAUUUCGCUCUUGGCUUUGCCACGAAGACAGGAACUGCAGCCACAUUCUCAAUCACACUUGUUUCGAAUUUCGUCAAGCGAAAAGCUUUCCCCAAUGCUUCUCUCAUAAUGACACAACAACUCUGGCAACAUGUUUCGAGGGAUUGAUACCGCAUGAACUAUUUUCGUGAUUAGACACAAACUCCAAAGGUAAACACUAAACACAAAUUAUUCGAACUCACACCUUCGGGAUUUCGGUUCGCCGCCCCAGCUGUUGUAUAUAGCAAGUCACACAAGGUUCAAAGCGGGCUCUUUGUUCACGAUGUUUACAGUUAAAAAGUUACAGUAUAAGAUUGUGUUAUUGUGUACAAAAAAUUCCAUUGUAGAAAUGUACAAGAAAUGCAGCGAAGUAUUGUAAAACAUUGCACUCCUCGAUCACAAAUUAUGUGGAAUGUUACUUUGAACUCGUCAUAUGCUUCAUCUUAUAUAAUUAAUGUGGAUCAAAACAAAAAACGUAAACAAAGUCCAGCACAUGCGCAGAUGCGACUGUAACCUACCUUUAAACAUACAUGAGUAAGUAUAAUACCAUUUCUAAUUUUCUAUUUAACAACAUUACACCUGUCCUAUUGCCCGUGUUCUCAAUUUCACGUGUACUGGUUGUGCUAGUUAAACAUUUAGGCAGAAUUUAACCAAGUGACUAUGCAUGCAGUAUAUUUUUUUAAACUCUGACUAAUUUUGUUGUCUAAACCAGACAAGUUUACUUGCAAAAUAAGAGGUCUUGCUGACAAUGGGUUAUAGAGCUAGGGGAGCCACCAUGGUGUAUUAAAAUAGUUCAGUUAUACUUUAGCUAAGAAAGUAAACAUACUCUUCAGAAUGAUUAUUUGUAAUUAUACCUACAUAAUUUAGUACACUUAAUAUACAAAGCACAAAUGAGAAUACAAAACAUGACUGGGAAAAGAACUGUUAUCACCAAUAAAUUUAACAAUCCACCAAUUAAGUCAUGAUGUGAUUUAUAUACCUUCUGAAUUUAUUUUCAGGCCAGGACUAUUAGGCUGCCAACUCUCCAAUGAAAGCCUUAAAAUUAAUGAGUUUUUUUUAUUAUAAAUGUAGUCAAAUGAAACUGGAAGUAGCAACCAAAUGGAGUUGGAAGGAGCGAAGAGGUGCUUUUCAUACCUUCAAAACAAUGCCCAAGUAAAGAUCCCUGUUUUCAUAUCAGAUAGGCACUCUAGUAUCAGCAAGUGGAUACGAGAAAAACAACCAAACACAAUCCACUUUUAUGAUAUUUGGCAUGUGGCCAAGGCAGUCACAAAGCGAGUCCUUAAAGCAAGAAGAAGGGGUGCGAGAUUCUGAAGGACUGGACAAAAGCAAUAAAGAACCAUCUGUACUGGUCUGUUACCUCCACCAAGCAAGGUUUUGUGGACUUGAUCAAAGCCAAGUGGUUGUCAUUGAUCCAGCAUAUUUCAGACAGUCAUUGUGAUCAUCCCAAUGAAUUGUUUCCAGUAUGCAACCAUGGCGAACUGGAACCAAGGGACUGGAUUUUGCCUGGUAAGUCUCCAAUGCCCUUUAUUAUAUAGCAAGUGUCAAAGUUCAAUUUUCCGGUUUACCAAUUGGACAAAACCGUAUCACGUGCCGGUCCACAAAACAUGUUGGCUGCAUGCUUGCAACCGGUCAACAAUGAAACAACAAGGCACAAGCUGCUCGCAUAUGCAUCUGCUGAUCAGUUUGCAAGUUGUUCAGAAGAUGUUAAUCCACGUAUGGUGGGCGUAAAAGACAGCAAAUUUGGCAACGUACAUAUAACUCUCUCUCGUUAGUUUGGAAUAUCACGAAACUUUGUGAUACUUUGUGAUAUCGAUUUUGUUACAUUUUGGCGGGAAAAUGACGUGCCAACUUUGGCGCCAAAAAAUUAAACACGACCUAAGAAAAGAUUGUCCUAUAUGGAUCUCAAAACUGUAAAAACAUUAAAAAUACAACAAGGCAGUGCGAAGAUAUGGCGAUUCAAAGUUCGAAAAAAAUCUAUUUUUAGUAACAAAAUGGCUGAUUUUUCAGUAAAAAUAGAACUUUGAGUCGCCAUAUCUUCGCACUGCCUUGUUGUAUUUUUAAUGUUUUUUAUUGUUUUGAGAUCCUUAUAGGACCAUCUCUUCAAAAAAGUUACCAGCAUGUUCUUAGCUCGUGUUUAAUUUUUUGGCGCCAAAGUUUGAACGUCAUUUUCCCGUCAAAAUGUAACAAAAUCGGAAAACAAAAAAAUACGAUUUUUAGGAAUUUUAAGUUCUAUCCUGUGAGGGAGUUUCGUGAUAUUCCAAACUAGCGACAGAAAGUUAUAUGUACGUGGCCAAAUUUGCUGUCUUUUUUGCCCACCGUGAUAUCUACUAUUGACCUGGUGGUGAAUUAUUGAGAUUCGCUAUAUAAUAAAACACUUAUUUACUGAGACCCCGGGAAAACAGCGUGGGCCCCCCCAACCGCCGUUUUUGCCCCCGGCUUUGCCUCGGGCAACAACAGUGGUCUAUGGGCCACAAAAUAUGCUGUUUUCCUCGGUCUCAGUAAAUAAGUUAUAUUUUUUCAUCAUACCUGUAAAUAUUCAUUAAAAGUAUGCUGUAAUCGCAUGGCACUCAGGUCGAUCAGUUAUCAGUGAGGUCGAUCAGUGACAACUAUUUCUAAUUGUGCCUCAUGUAUACUGGAUGAGAUACAAUUAGGGCUAAUACUGUCUCAUCCAGUAUCCAUCAGACAAAUACAAUGGUAAUUAUCCCUUACGAAAUAAACAAUUUUGAGGUGAAUACAGUAUAUGAUUAAUUACAGUAAUUUGACUUGAUUUGUGGGCACAGUGUUCGUUCAUAGAUAGAUAGAUAGAUAGACAGAAAACUUUAUUUAUCCACGCUAACCCUGUCACCCAAGGCUGACUUCCACAGGGGGCGUGUAAAAAGGAAUUACAAAAAUAUAGUAUUUAAAGCUAUUUACAAUCUAUAGUAUCGACUAAGUUAUAUAAACUAUAAGUAAGUCAUAUAUAUAUUUACAAGUUUUUUUUUAGGUUUUCAGUUUCUUAGGAUCUUGUUUUAGUUAAAGAAUGUGAGUAGCAAUUUUAUUUUGAAAACAUGACAGGGAUUUUGCUUUCCCUAAUUUCAUUUGGAAUGGAGUUCCAUAAGUGAGCACCGUUAUACAUGAAACUAUUUUUCAUGUUAUUUGUUCGAGGUUGUGGUAAACAAAGACCACUUGAAAUGUCCCGAAGUUUGUAAUUUGUCAUCCCACUUUUAUAGGUGAAAAGGUUUGUGAGUGACUCAUAACCUAUUUUAUUCAAAAUUUUGUACAUUAGUUUUGCUUUUGCCUUUUCUCUUAUUGACUGAAGUGGCUCCCAGCCCAAAGCCUGUAAAGCAAUAGUGUGAUCUAUAUCGUUGCUCAUACUCAUGAUAAUUCGAGCAGCUCUAUUUUGAAGUUUCUGAAGUCGUUUUGAUUGUGUUUCACCAAACACAUCCCACACUUCACAACAAUAAUCGAAAUGUGGACGUACAAUAGCAUUAUAUAUCGAUAUAAGUGUAUCUUUGUUAACAAAAGUUUUAACACGACGGAGAGCAGAGAUUCCUGAUGUUAUUUUCUUGCAAAUAUUUUCAGUAUUACUUUUCCAAGAUAAAUGCUGGUCAACUAUUAUUCCAAGAGUUUUGCAUUCAUAAACUUGUUUAAUUUGUGUGUUUCAAAUAGUAUUUGGGUGAAAAUGUUUUAUCAUUCGUUUUGAGCCAAUCAACAUGAAUUCAGUUUUAGCUACAUUCAAGCUAAGUUUAUUGGCCAUCAACCAGUUUCUAAGAUUGUCUAGAUCACAAUUUACUGCAAUCUCAAUGUCAGUCAUUGAGACUCCAGAAGCUGUGAGAUUUGUACCAUCAGCAAAUAGGCGAGGUCUUGUAUUAUCAAGGCACUCGGGUAAGUCAUUGAUGUAUAAUAAAAACAAUAAUGGUCCUAAAAUAGAACCUUGUGGUACACCACAUCUAAUUAAGCGCUCUGAUGAAACAAAUCCAUUUAUUUUGCACUUCUGGCUACGAUUUGUGAGAUAGGAUUUUAAGAAAGAAAGUGCUUGUCCUUUUAUUCCGUAAAACUCCAACUUUUCUAGUAGAAUAUUGUGAUUAACAGUGUCAAAUGCUUUUAGAAUAUUGUGAUCAACAGUGUCAGAUGCAUAUGACAAAUUAAAUGCUAUUGUGAGCAACAUGCGCCUAGUGAAUGAUAUCAAGAAAAUGUCAACUGACACCCAAACAAGUGCACUUGAGUCAUUCAUGCAGUGCUGAAUUUCUGGCACCCCAAAAUGCUCUGUUUUUCAUGGAUGGGGACAAAAUGCAGGUAUGCAACAUAUAAACAUUGUUUUAUUUGUCCUGUAGGGUGUUUUGUGAAUACAACAUGGGUGCACCAACAUGGGUGUACCACCUAAUUUUGACAAAAAAAUACAGUAACUUGUAUGGCAAUCUUUUUUUGUUCUAUAAAUUUGUCAAGGGAGAGGGCAGGGCUUCACUGUAUCAGGCAAUUUCCAUGCAAGUCGGGCAUAUUUUUUCCACCUGUAUGCCCAUGCUGAUUACCUGGCCAUUAAUUCAAAAGAUUAUCAACUUAGUGAGUGUUAUAAUCCAGCAAUACUUACAGCAGUUAAUGUGUAGUGUAUACACUGAGCUUUUACAAUUGAUUUUGAUAACUAAGCAAAUUCUUGCAUCACUUCAUUUUAAUGAAAACGUGCAUCGGGAAGUGAAAAAGAAGAAGAAUGGUGAAGUCAGGACGCGUGUUUGGUGGCCAAAGUACAAGGCUGGUGAAGCUGUAGUUAGAGAUGUGAAAGUUUAGCCAACUUACAGUAAGUGUCAUGAUUUCCAUAAGAGUUUGUUCAUGAUUAUCAACAUUUUUCAAUCAUACCAAGUGUAUCAUUUUCUCACCCCCUCCCCUUAUCCAUACUGCAUCCCCCUUAAAUUAGUACAGGAAAGUAAUUAAAUAGGAAAAUAGAGGAUUUCAACUUUUUUCCCAGGAUACAGCGAUAAUCUAAAUGAGAUGUUGUUCACAAGUCCAUUAAAAGAUCUGGAAAAGAUUUAUCAGCAAGAAGAAUCUAAAGCCCCAAAGUCACUAACGUCACAGUUUUCAACAGGUUGUCUCGAGAAAAUGCGAUUCAGCAAUUUGCAACCACCCAAAGUAUGAAAACCCCUCUGUUUCCUGCAUUAAAAGUUCAAGACCAAUUGGUCAUUGCCAAGAAUGAAAGAUCUGAGAAUAUGACACAAACUUCUAGUGCUACCAGUACUACUGCCAAAAAGAAAAGAUCGCCUCAUUGCAGAAAAUUCAAAAAGCCUAUGCUAGGUCAUCCACGAAACAAUUGCCCGAAUUAAAAUUUAUCCAUAACACCAGAUGAAUGAUAAAUACAAUAUAUUGAAUUUUUUUACCAAAGUUGAUACAAGACAAGGCCAAGGGCGCCGGAAGCAAUGUGAAGCGGCGGGGGCAGCCAUUUCAAUAGGGCUCUUCUCGGCCAUCAUUUUUCUGGGCGGCAAUAUUUGUUAAAGCUUUAUUGUAUGGAUACCCGAUUACUUGUGGCUAUUGUGAAUCGGCAAACUUCGACAUUAAAUUUGAACAAUUUUAUUUGUUGCACCAUGUUAAGGGUGCAAAAUAAAAUCAGUAAACGGACGUAUAUUGUCUGAUUUAGCAUUAAUCAGGGGCAUCGGAACCGUGGGGCAAUGGGGACAUGUGCCUUCCCGCUUUUUUAAAAGUGAAAAAAUGCCGUUUGGGGGGCUAGAAAGAAAGUGCCCUUUUUGCUGUAAUAAAGACUCUGUAAAGGCCAUUUCCAACGUUAAAGGGACUCAAUAUUUUCAAAAAAUUUUCGUUCGGCCCGUGACCGACAAAAUCGUUUGAUUUUGAUCGUAAUUAUACAAAAGUGAUUCCGCGGCCUCUGGCAUUAAUUCUACUAUAACUGGUUAAAAUUAAGCAAAGAUUGCUUAAACAUUGCUCAAAAAUAGUUAUAAAUUCCAAUUCAUGUGAAUUACGCACAAACUUCUAAGCGCAGUUUUGGUGAAAAAAGGCAACCUGUUGCCCCCGCGCCGUCCCCGCAUUGUUUCGGCAACGGCGGCAGUUGCCCCCGCUGCCCCCGUGGCUCCGUCGCCCCUGGACAAGGCUUGGACACUUGAUAGAAGGACAAUAUAACUCACUAUCUAUGUUUUUGUCUAUAUUUUUACAAAAUUGCAGUACUUGGUGGCCACAUGUGUAUUGUAUUUUCACCCAUCCAACCAAUAGUAGUGUAUUGCCCAAUUAUUCACCCUCACAUCAUACCUAAUUUUAGUGUGCAGUGAUAACCAUUUUGUGCAGUGAUAAAACUAAAAUGUCCAGUGAUAAAAUGUAAAAUGUGCAGUGAUAAAAUUUCCUGCGGAAAGUUGUUAACCAAGAAAAUCAGGCAAUGAGCAGAAGAACUGAACUAAAAAUUCGUCUUGACACUUGACAGCAUUGAUCAAAACAUUUUGAAUGAGAAUAACUUGAAUGAAAUUGAAAUGAUAGCUGCAAAAUUAUCGAACGUGCGUGCCCUAAUAUUAUACUUCACAGGGCCACAGCAACCGGGGGCGGGGGCUGCAGCCCCCUCCCCCAAUAAUUUGCUAAUAAUCAUUUUUUUUCAAAAUCAUGCAGACCUUUGUCAUUUAAUCUGUGACAAACUGCAAAGAAUGAAGAUAUUGCCCAUACGUUCCUGCAACUUAUUGAUAUAUAGUUAAUUAAAUACGCCCAUUUAGUACACUACUAGUAAAUUUCGACAUACUAAAAACGCUGUUUUUUGAGUAUCAAAAUUCUGUCAAAUCUUCCCCAACUCCAGCAAAUGACAUUUCAGAGACUCUAAAUUAAACGUCAGGUUCAUCAGAUGAACAAAGUCUCACCAAAGAUCUCUUUAUGAGCUUAGAUGAUGAAGUGAAUAAUACUUAUCUUUUUGUAAUUAGUGUGUACUGUAAUCUGCAGAAUUCUAUAGAAUGUUUCCGCACAUUGCACGAAAUUGCCUUUUAGAGAGCUUAGAUUACAAAAUUUUCUUUGGGUGUAUGCCCCUGGAAUUCAUCGGAGGUUUGUCACCUCUAAGCUGCCUUUCAUAUGCCAAUACGAAAAUAUUUCUUUCCUGCAAGUGUUUUAUUAUGAAACUAUGCUGGCCUAGAUAGUUGUAACUGUAGAUGCUGUCAAGGCUGCCCAUGAGGGUGGUUGGGCCAAUUUUUCCUGGGACCUCAGUUAAAGGGGGUCGAAAAAAGAAUUGCAGUAAAAUAUACGUAGAUAUAACUGUCAACAGACUUCCAGAAUGCAGGAUUUGGCCAUUUCUGGGACCUCAGAUUUCAAAAUUUUCCUGAUGGGAAUGCCCCUGGACCCCCUAAUCAUAGUGUUAGAAGAUGGAAGUACGAGGGGGCCAAAAUCAAAUUUGGCCCUGACUACUCACAUUCCCCUGGGCAACCCUGGGUGCUGUACAAUGUAGUGUAUGUUGAUUUUGGCAUUUUUGAAUAUCAAAUGUAGCAUGUUUUGUGGUUACACAUUAUUAUAAAGGUGUGUUUAGAAAUUUUCAGGGCGUGCUUCUGCUCAGCCAAACUUUGCGCAAAAAUGUGCAGAGAUAAAAAUUCUUAAAAUUAGGUAUGCCUUACAUGAACUGUUGGUUAGUUUAACAAUUACCAUAAUCAUUGGUUAAUUUGAAAGAAAUGACAUGUAACAACAAUGAACCAAAUUUAAGCUACCUAAUCCCACAAUAACAUUGGUAAUUAGUUACAUUCUAUUUUCAAUUUGACACACCAAUUCAUGUAAUUUCAGAUUGCGUAUGGAAAUAAUGUUUUAGAGAAAGUGUUUUUAUAGUAACAACAGAGGUACAAUAACUGGAAAAAUUUAAUAACUGAAAAAUUUAAUAACUGAAAAUUUUAAAUAUACAGGAUAAUUUGGGACGUGAAGAGUUGAAUGCUGAAGUUAACUGCAUUCCAAUCAAUACUUGUAAUUAGAUGCUUGCAUGUUGGCAUUUAAUGGUCACUGUAAUUCCCUUUUGAUUUGAGCAUAAACCAGGUUCACUUAUGCCAAGCUUUAAGUAACUAGAAUAUAUUAGCAAGCUUUCAAUGAAUAUAAUAUGCUUAUGUUUAUGCAUGCAAGUGUUAUACCUCAAAGCAGAAUGGUCUGAAUUUUACUACCAUAUUGCUUUCUUAAUGUUGGGUCAACGCACAAUAUUUUUACUGGUUCAUUUUAGAAAAGAUCAACACUUUCCCCACAGAGGAAAUUUCAGCCAUCCCGACGUUCUCUCCCCUUCCCGUCGGGAUAGCAGAAAGAGAGUAAUUUGUUUCCAAUUAUAGUAGUGUAUGAGGAUUAGGACAGCCAGCGCCAGAAUGUGUAGCUGGGUUAAUUUCUUCUGUGGGGGAGUAUAGAUGUUCUCUAGAAUAAUCAAAUUCUAUUCUAGUAUAUACUUAAUUAAAAGUAUUAUGACAAACUAACAUGACAGUUGUAUUCAACAAUCAAUAUAAAAUUACACAGGUCCCUGUCUGCAUUGUGCUGGUAGAUAUCCCUUGUUUUCGUAUCUUUGUCCAUUUGGAUAUUUUGUUCGAAGAUGACCAUAGAUACAGGCAAGCAAAGGUCUUGUGUUGCUCCAUCCCAUUUAUCCACAAAGCCACCUUAUUAGCCAACGAUACGCCACAGGCACAGAUCUGAAAUAUUUAUCAGUUGACAGAAACACAUGCAGCAUUUAUUUAAUACUGUAAUAAUUAGAAGACCGUUUAUACAGUUGAAGCAGCAAAAGUGAUUUAAUUUAUAUUUGUGCUGACUUACUCGUCUUUACGUACAUUUUUCUUCUUACGAUAGUGACUUCCAUCCAUACGAACUAAUGACUGCCCAGCUAGAGUUAACACAGCCUUAUUCGUGAUUGCUAAAAGGUCUUCGUGUUGGAUAAUGCACUUGAUAUGCUCUAUCGCGCCGUCGAAGGCCAUUUUCCCGGUCGUAUCCACGAAUUCCCGGCAACAUCUGUACUCGAGAGAUCCAACAAGAUGUUCUACUUUACAUUGGCCACAACUACACCAAUCCUUAACAUCAACUUUGCUUUUGAAUCGUUCAGCAAGAACACCAGGAGAAAGGCCAUCCAAAUCAACUUCGUCAUUGCUGGAGCUUGUGCGCUGUCGUUUGUUAACGUUUGACCGAUUGCUUGCCAAUUGUUCAUGAACUUAUAAGGUUCAUAUUGCCCAUAAACCACACCACAUAGCUCUUCUGAGUCGCCAGAAGAUUCUUGUGGACUUGAAGAGUCACUUUCAUCAGAAGAACUUGACAUUUUAUUGAUUCUACUCCCAGUCUAACUAUCUAACAUUAGACUUGUCUAUUUACAUACCGGAGCGUGCAAACAAAUUUACGUCACACAUCGCAUGUGACCAGAAAAUCUCGUCUCCAUACCCCGGUUUAAUUUUGCCUUAAAAAUCGAAAUUUUAUGAUCGGUUUUGCUCCAAAAAAGGGCAAAGAAAUACCAAAACGGCUUCAAACAAGGUAGUUUUGUAUUGUAAUAAGGUCUAGCUAAGUCGUGUCAGUUCUCCUUUAAUACUGAUAAUUAUAAUCUCCUCAAGAACGAGUAUUAUAUAUUUUUAUACUUUAAAAUUUACAUUUAACCCUAUUUGUACCGGGGGUUUUUCAUGUUGAUAUGACCGGGGGUGCGCUGAUAGGGCGCACCCCUCAGAAAUUCUGUCGAUUAACUGCUAUUAUCCUAUAAGUUUUAUUUUUAGUAAGUUUUAUCUUUCUUUAACCUAAAAAUAACAAAAAAGUUAAAUUCACAUCCAAAAUGCUGUUUUUUGGCCCCAUUGAAUAUGACCGCCUAUACGAAAAUGGCGAAUAAAGCUAAUAUUUUACCCAUUUUGGUUAUAUUUUGUAAAGAGAUAACAAAACAUUUUGGAUGUGAUAUUUUUUGGGUCUUUUACAUUCAAAAGACAUACUUUUAUGUUAUAGCAUAUCUCAGUUGUCCAUAAACACCACUAUUUUACUUUCCAAGUUGGCAUUUCUGUGCCAUAUGAAAAGACAUACAACUGAAACUUACCAGUCUCUCAUAUAAACAAUCCAAAUCAUUUUCAAGUUUCAACAUCACUGAUUUUACCUUCAUAUCUUUGUGAUAGUGUCAUUGUUGUAUAAAUAAUGUUCCAUUAUUCUCUUAGUAUGCACAAUUGUGCAUUCUGUUGAAAUUCUAGCACUUUUUUUGGCAUAACUUCUGCAGUGUAAACAUAAAAUGUGACAUGUCGACCAACAAAAGUUUGUAGAAAAAAUACGAAAUGGCAGCUAUGUUUUAUACCAAUAUACUAUGUGUUACAUGAAGUGUAAGGCAGGUGAGCUACGAGAUACGAGCCUGCAGUAUAGUUUUGAAAACACAAUAUUUACUUUGAAAAUCAUGGCAAUCAUUAUGGAUUGUAUGCAAAUGUUUUACUCUCAUUUGGAACUGAAUUUCUGGUACGAAAGUGUUCAAUAUAUAAUGCAUCCUACAAGUUUGAUUCUUGCUGAAAGACAGGGAGAUGUUAUGCCUUGAAGGUACAAAGAAAUACGUGUAUUUGAAUAUAUAAAAAUAUUAUAAAUAAGUAUUUUAUAUUAUAUAAUUAUAGGUAUUGUAUAGUAUACUAUAUUAUAUGUUAUACUAUAUUUUACUAUUUUAUAUAAUAUAUUAUGGAUAUUUUACUUUGCAAAUCAUGUGUAAUAAUCCAUAUUUAUAUGUUCUCUAAGUAUAUUAUGUUAUUUAUGACCUGGGAAGUGAUUGAAGCCAAAAAAUACUGUCCAACCCACAUUUACCCAUUUUUGGCCCCGACACCUUCUUUGACAAAUGUCGCCAAACGUCCGGAUAACUUUGCAUUUUCAGAAAAAUUUUUUCGCAGUCAUGACGGCAGAGGAAAAAUAUUAAAAGUCAUGAAAGUACAGGCAAAUCGGAUCAUUUGUUCAGGAAUGACGGAUAAAUAUUUAUAGGGGUGCGCUCAUUGUGCGCACCCCCGGUACAAAUAGGGUUAACUUUCCUGUCAGAAUUUAUGGUAUACGACUAUACGUAGAAUAAGUAUAAAAGGUCAAGUAGGAUGUAUACAAACACUAACAGCACAAGUCGAAGCGCCUUUGCUCGAAACGUCGAAGUUCUCUUUGUAUUUUUCAGGUAGUUGUAUCCCUAUCAAUCCGAAGCUUUCGUACAUAUUUCCCCCAGAAUUUUUAGCUAUUUUCAAUUAUUUGAUUUCAGUGUAAAAAGUAUCAAAUUUUCGACGACAAAUUCCAAAUACUUUGUUCAUAUUUUGCAACAGUUUCCAAGCAUGCGUAGAACUCACGUUGGAAAUUCAACGUACUAUCUGCCGUUAGCUAAUCACAGGCCUGAAUCAAUUUGAUUUCUCCAGAGCUAUGCCCACCCUUAACCUGCGAGCGGGCAUGCUCGGGGAACAAGAUUGGUCACGACACUUUUGUAUAUAAAAGAGCGUGCAAAUUAAACAAGUCACAUAUUAUUAGCACUGAUGAAGAACCGGGCUUACGGAUGGAAAGCUUUGCAGUAUAAUAAAUUUACGUGGUAUUUCCACAAACAAAAGUAUUUAGUAAGUAAUUAGGAAAAUAUUUGGCUUUUGCAAGUGAUUCCACAACAAGUAUUUGUUGAAUUCCGCCAUUUUGGGUGUCAAAUUAAACAUAGUAAAUUAAAAGCAAACAUGGCGUCAAAGUAAGACAGGGGUGUAGUAGUCAGUUGAAUAAAUGAUUUUUGCCACCCAAAAUGGCAGAUUAUUUUUGAUGAUACGUCAUACUGCAAUACCUGUAUAGUGUAUUACCAUACAAUCGCAAAAGGUUGGCGCCAGUGUAGGUAGAGACAAUGUGUAGGGUUACAAUUACCCAAAAAUAUAAACAGAACUUCGACGUUUCAAGGAAGGUGUAUAAUUGUCAGGCAGUUGUACCUACACAUCGCAGCCUAGUGUUUUAUCAAGUAUACAGUAACUUGUCCCAUAUUACUUACAGUAUUUUAAUGUAAUUAUUGAGAUAUUAAUUGCCAAUUGGCUAAAAUUCAUAACCGUUAAUGUAUAUUUGCAUUUUGAAUUAGUAGACUCUACUAACUGAUGAAUAUUCUAAUUUCACAAGGCAGAAUACGCCCGUUUGCGGGUUGGAAAUUGACAUUUGAAAUGAAGAGCUAUUGCUUGAAAGUCGGGAAGUGCAUAUUUUUCUUUUUAAAAUGGCUGUCAAGACAUCUUCCACAAAGUUGUGCGUUCAGCGCUGAAGCCCACACUAUAGACCCCCAAAGUUUCAUAAUAUAUGUUACUGUUUGUCUUUAAAUUUAUCACAAAUGUAAUUUGUCCAUAAUCUCUCAGUUUAAAAGUAAAAAACAAGACAACUUUUUCUAAUUGUUUUUUGUAAGUUCUUUGUUCUUUUUUUAUUUUAUCUUUUUGUGUUCAUCCCGAUUUUAUUAAAUUUUGAAUACUUUUUUGACCUUUCGGUUUUCUUUGUAGAAAGUAUUUCAGAUAUCCAACCUUCGAAAAUAAUUUUGUGAUAAAAAUUAAAUUUUACUCACUUUGCAUUGCAGAAGCUAAUUAAGCUGGAGUAAUACGAGCAACAAAAUUACUGCAACUUGCAACAAAAUCUGAUUUCAAUGCAUGUUAAGUAGGAAUGUUGACAAAUGUUGCCUCGUGAUUUGUAAUGCAUGUGUGAACAUUUUCAAUUAAUAUACGUUGAAAUCCGAUUUUGUUGCAAGUUGCAGCAAUUUUGUUGCCCGUAUUACUCCACCUUUAAUGAAAGUUUCAAACUGGCUGCUACAGAGAGUGAGCCAUGUACCUUAACCUAUGCUAGUUUAACUGAUUUGCUAAUAUAUACUGUACAUUUUGAAAUUAUGUAUUGCCAAUAAAUCGCAUGGAUGUAUUGCGAAUAAAUCGUUGUAAUUAUUUUUUAUCAAUUUCAGCAGGUCUGGGGUUGUGUUUUGGACAGCCUUUUACGGAGUUGAUUACGGAACUUCGUGCGUCGUUGAAACAUCAAUGUGACACAGAGGUUUGAGAUACUUUCUUUUUUUGGCUUAAUAGUCUUUGAAUAAGCAGUAAGACAUGAUAUGAAAAAUACUGUUUCUUGGCGAUGAAUAAAAAAUGAUUAUGUUAUGUUGUGUUAUUUUUCAUUCGGUAAUAUGAUAAGUUGAAAAUUUUCUCGAGUGAGUAUUUCAUAAUUUCCACACCGCACGCAAGCAGACAGAUAUGCCUGCCGCAGCUGUGUCUUAAACCCACGACUUAGAUCAACGCUUUACCAACUGAGCUACACGGUCAGACGGAUUUAAGACUGAUUACAUUUAUAAUUAAUUUAUUAAAUGUUACAUUACUUGUAUCUUUGCAGAUAGUGAAUAAGAAGCUUAAUAAUAUAGAAUCAAAACUCUGCAAAAUUAAAGAGGUUGAAAAGAAUGCAGCCGAAAACUCGGAGGAACUAAAACGUCAAAAGGAGAAACUUGAAUGUCAUUCCAACGAACUUGAACGUCACUCAAACGAACUUGAAGAUCUCAACAAAAAGUUAAAAACAGAAGAUCAUGAUAAGCAAAAAGAAAAUUAUUCAAAGUUUGCAGACAAGAAAGGUAUUUAUUUGAUCACACUAAAAUAUGAAAUAUUUAUGAUGUAUUUUACUACACCUCACAUUGAGCAGCAUGGAUAA